UACUUUUAUUUGUUAGUUUUGGUAAAUAUUUACUUGAUUUCACUCAUUGAUAUUGUAAUUUAUUCAUACGUAGUUUGAACAUAUGUAUUUUAUUGUUAAAAAUUGUAUACAACCCAUAAAAAUCAAGGAUUUUAGUUAACAUAAAGAGUUAUGGGAGUAGAAAACUAUGGAUUCUUUUUUUUUUUACUAUCAAAGAUUCUAUCUGUUAAGUGUUUAGAAAACAAUCCUACAGAAUCAAUACCAUAUGGACAAAAUGUAGGAGCACCUAACUCUUGGACUGUUCAACCAGACCAAUCAAUACCUCAAGGAAUGCCAAAUUAUUUCAAUACAAUAAAUCCUAACCUUCCUCACAAUGCUUAUUUGAAAAAUAAUAAUAAUCAACAAUACAAUAACUAUUAUCAACAAUCUUCUGUACCACAACAUUUCAUUUCGCCACAACAAUUUAAUCCGCUACAACAAUAUAAUCCGCCACAACAAUAUAAUCCGCCACAACAAUAUAAUCCGCCACAACAAUAUAAUCCGCCACAACAAUUUGGACAAAACCAAUUGCCACCAAUGCCUCAAUCAGUACACCAUCAUAAAAAACACGUAAAUACAUUUAAGCCACCCUUGACUAUAAAUCAGAAAAAUCAAAAUCAACAGUCUCAAAUACCAUUGUCAUACACUUUUCAAUCACCACCACAGAGUAGUGGACAAGGGGUUUCUCAUACUCACGGGACAAUUGGACCUUGGCCAAAAGAACCUCAGAAACAAUUACCAACGAGCUUGGAUCAAACAAUAACACAAGGUUUACCAAAUUUUGGCCAAGUUAUAAAUAACGCUAUAAAUCAAGGAAACAUACCGUCAUCUUCUCCACCAAUUCCUUCUAUUCCAAAUCUAUCACAAUUGCCUCGGAUUCCACCACAAUUGUCUACAAAUCCAUUAGUCAAAGACAUUUCAACAACUUAUGGGAAUAAUAUAAGGAUUAAAGAAGAAGAAGAAUUACCAGAUUUUGUCCAAGCUAUGGAUAACCCUAAUUACCCAGAAACUUUACAACUAUCUCCUCCUCCAAUUCCUCCUGUUCCAAAUCCAUCCCAAUUGCCUCAAACUCCAAUGCAAUUGUCUACAAAUCCAUUAGUCGAAGACAUUUCAACAACUUAUGGGAAUAAUAUAAGGAUUAAAGAAGAAGAAGAAUUACCAGAUUUUGUCCAAGCUAUGGAUAACCGUAAUUACCCAGAAACUUUACAACUAUCUCCUCCUCCAAUUCCUCCUGUUCCAAAUCCAUCCCAAUUGCCUCAAACUCCAAUGCAAUUGUCUACAAAUCCAUUAGUCGAAGACACUUCAACACCUAAUGGAAAUAAUAUAAGGGUUAAAGAAGAACCAAAAUUACAAGAUUCUGUCCAAGCUAUGGAUAACCCUAAUUACCUAGAAACUUUACAACUAUCUCCUCCUCCAAUUCCUCCUGUUCCAAAUCCAUCCCAAUUGCCUCAAACUCCAAUGCAAUGGUCUACAAAUCCAUUAUUCAAAGACACUUCAACACCUAAUGGAUAUAAUAUAAAUAUUAAAGAAGAAGCAAAAUUACCAGAUUCUGUCCAAGCUAUGGAUAACCCUAAUUACUCAGAAACUUUACAACUAUCUCCUCCUCCAAUUCCUCCUGUUCCAUAUCCAUCCCAAUUGCCUCAAACUCCAAUGCAAUUGUCUACAAAUCCAUUAGCCGAAGACACUUCAACACCUAAUGGAAAUAAUAUAAGGGUUAAAGAAGAAGUAAAAUUACAAGAUUUUGUCCAAGCUAUGGAUAACCCUAAUUACUCAGAAACUUUACAACUAUCUCCUCCUCCAAUUCCUCCUGUUCCAAAUCCAUCCCAAUUGCCUCAAACUCCAAUGCAAUUGUCUACAAAUCCAUUAGUCGAAGACACUUCAACACCUAAUGAAAAUAAUAUCUGGGUUAAAGAAGAAGCAAAAUUACAAGAUUCUGUCCAAGCUAUGGAUAACCCUAAUUACCCAGAAACUUUACAACUAUCUCCUCCUCCAAUUCCUCCUGUUCCAAAUCCAUCUCAAUUGCCUCAAACUCCAAUGCAAUUGUCUACAAAUCCAUUAGUCGAAGACACUUCAACACCUAAUGAUAAUAAUAUAAGGGUUAAAGAAGAACCAAUAUUACAAGAUUCUGUCCAAGCUAUGGAUAACCCUAAUUACCCAGAAACUUUACAACUAUCUCCUCCUCCAAUUCCUCCUGUUCCAAAUCCAUCCCAAUUGCCUCAAACUCCAAUGCAAUUGUCUACAAAUCCAUUAGUCGAAGACACUUCAACACCUAAUGAUAAUAAUAUAAGGGUUAAAGAAGAACCAAUAUUACAAGAUUCUGUCCAAGCUAUGGAUAACCCUAAUUACCCAGAAACUUUACAACUAUCUCCUCCUCCAAUUCCUCCUGUUCCAUAUCCAUCCCAAUUGCCUCAAACUCCAAUGCAAUUGUCUACAAAUCCAUUAGUCGAAGACACUUCAACACCUAAUGAUAAUAAUAUAAGGGUUAAAGAAGAACCAAUAUUACAAGAUUCUGUCCAAGCUAUGGAUAACCCUAAUUACCCAGAAACUUUACAACUAUCUCCUCCUCCAAUUCCUCCUGUUCCAAAUCCAUCCCAAUUGCCUCAAACUCCAAUGCAAUUGUCUACAAAUCCAUUAGUCGAAGACACUUCAACACCUAAUGAUAAUAAUAUAAGGGUUAAAGAAGAACCAAUAUUACAAGAUUCUGUCCAAGCUAUGGAUAACCCUAAUUACCCAGAAACUUUACAACUAUCUCCUCCUCCAAUUCCUCCUGUUCCAUAUCCAUCCCAAUUGCCUCAAACUCCAAUGCAAUUGUCUACAAAUCCAUUAGUCGAAGACACUUCAACACCUAAUGAUAAUAAUAUAAGGGUUAAAGAAGAACCAAUAUUACAAGAUUCUGUCCAAGCUAUGGAUAACCUUAAUUACCCAGAAACUUUACAACUAUCUCCUCCUCCAAUUCCUCCUGUUCCAAAUCCAUCUCAAUUGCCUCAAACUCCAAUGCAAUUGUUCACAAAUCCAUUAGUCGAAGACACUUCAACACCUAAUGGAAAUAAUAUAAGGAUUAAAGAAGAAGAAGAAUUACCAGAUAUUGUCCAAGCUAUGAAUAGCCCUAAUAACCCAGGAAAUGAAAAUAUUUUGAUAGACAAUUCUCAAUCAGACAUACAAACAUUUUUAAAUUCUGAAAAUAAUGAUAAAUUAAAUCCAUUUAAUAAUGUGUUUAAAAAUCAAGAUGAUUUUCAAUUUGUAUCGAAUGAUGCACCGUCACAAUUACCUAUGAAUGUGCAAGUAGAAAACGUGAUAAUUUAUCCACAACCAGAUGACAUAAUAAAUGGUUCGAGUUUCAAUAAUGAUACUGAAAAUUUACAAAGUGGAUUGAACGAUAGUUCAGUACCUUCAUAUUUUGAAGAUACAGAAUUCAAUGAAGAAUCAAAACUGGAAAAAGCAAUUUUUGGGUCAUCACCUCUGUCAGAGAAUGCUAAUAAAGAAAACAAUAAAUUAUAUUCAUUAGAAAAUUUAACAUUUGACGAACCACCUGCAGAAUUGGAAAGUCUAUCCACGUAUGAUACAUCAUUUAUUGUUGACACAGAAAAUUCCAAAUAUUCGAAAAAUAAUAACGCUAAAUUAACUAUCUUCGCUAAUCCUAAUGAUAUUCAUAUACUUCAACAAUCUCCCAAGCAGUCGUCAACUAAUGUUAAUAGUUAUCCAAAUAAAAAUAAUUUAUUAAAUACUCCAUCAACAGAUAUGCCAUUAUGGUAUAUACCCUCAUUUUCAAAUAGCGUUGAUUAUGUUCAACCUUUUAAUUCGAAUGCUUAUAAAAAAUCACCUAGUUCAUUAUUAAGCGUUAAUCAAAAUCAUGUAGUUUAUAAUAAAAUUCCAAUGAAUCUGGCAAAUAGUAAUUAUUAUAAUCAACAAGUUGAUUCUACAUAUAUUGAUCAAAAUCAGAUGACAUCUAAAACACAAUCACCCAAUAUGUUACUAGAUACUAAUCAACCAAGUUCUGUUGACAACAGUGGAUCUAUUUACAAGAAAGCAGACUUAAGGAACCCUCCUCCAAAUACUUAUAAUUCAUGGUUUUUACCAAAAAAAGAUUAUACAAAAAAUCUACGUCCAAACCAAAAUGAUGGGAAUACAAAUUAUGAUGGUAAUACACGUACAAGCAUUUUUGGAUCACCACUAUCGUCUUACCAGAAUAGUAUUCAAGGAAUUUUAAAAUCACCUUCAAGCGAUAUGUUUGUACAAAAUAUGAUAUCCGUAAUUUCAAAUUCAGUUCAAGCACCAUUUGAUGGGACCAAAACAAUAUUUGACAUAACACGUGCAAAUUUCCCACGUUCUCCAGUGAGUCAUGUAAUUCGUUUAACUCAUGCUAUCGUACGAUCUGUAAUGCUAAAUCUUCGGCAGACUUUAAAUACAGUCAUGAACACUUUAUAUGGCCGUCGAGCUAAACGAGAUUUAAAUUCUUUCGAUGUGUUAUAUAAUUUACCGGAUGUCCUGAUUAACAAAUACUCUGACCAAUCUACUGCUCUGCAGAAGACAAAAAAUACAAAUUUGCCAUACUAUAAUCAACCGACUACAACAGGUCAACAACCGGCAGUAGAUUAUUCUGUAAGUCAACCUGCAACUGAAAAUAUGUUAAGGCAACAACAGAUGUACUACGAUAGCAGAACCGAUAGAAAUUAUUACGGAUCACAAAAUGAUAACAUUGGAAUCGUACCACAAUCGGUGAACACUCAAAAUUAUGUUUUAAAUUCUUUGGCCGAUGCGAUAACCUCUGCAGUACGUUCAAAUGUACCUGUUCCUUAUUCAAUCGACUCCCCAGAAGUAAAAGAAUACACACAACAAGUGAUCGUAACUAUUGAAAUAGUGUUCAAAAAUCAGAUUGAUAACAUACUUCGUGGACAAUCACCAACAUUGAAUAUGUACUAAAUAAAAAAUAAUAAAUCAAUAAGAUUAGUUUUUUUUAAA